CUGAAAGAAAUAAUUUAUUUUUUAAUUAUUUUAUUCAAUUAUUUUAUUCUCAUCUCUCUGGGGGGGUUUGCAUUAUAUAUCUUAGAUGGGUGGCUCUAUUUCCUUACUUUGCAUGUACUGCUUAACCCCAUCUCUCUCUCUCGAUAGUCUUCUUCCUUUCCCUCCGAAGUCCUUCCUUUGAAAACAACCCCGGGCUCUCUCUUUCUCUGUCUAAAUUAAUCUCUUUGUGUGUUGUUUUGAGUAGGACCUUAAAUUAACAUUUCUUUGGUUUCAUGCAUGGAUCCUUCAAGUAGGCAAAACCAGGAAAUGAGCUCUGACUCAUUGGGAAACAUGCUUGUGGGGUCAAAACCCCAGCAAGAGAGGAAGCCAAGGCCACACCCAGAGCAAGCCUUGAAGUGCCCAAGAUGUGACUCCACAAACACCAAAUUCUGUUACUACAACAACUACAGCCUCACCCAACCAAGGUACUUCUGCAAGGCCUGCAGGAGGUACUGGACCAAAGGGGGCACACUGAGGAAUGUUCCAGUGGGUGGAGGGUGCAGGAAGAACAAGAGGUCCUCCUCAUCCUCAUCAUCAGCAUCAUCAUCAUCAACUUCAUCAUUUUCAUCAUCAAUAUUGUCAAAGAGGGGACAGGAUCAUCACAACCCACCCACCCACCACCUCCCAUUGCCCUUGGGGGCCUAUGACUCCAAUGACCUCACCCUUGCCUUUGCUAGGCUCCAAAAACAGUCAUGUGAGCAGUUGGGAUUUGAUCAUCAUGGUCAUGAUCAUCAUGAUCAUCACCACCAUCUUUCUAUUUUGGGAAACCCCAACGGCAACCAACAUUGUGACAUGAUUGGGAACCCAAACCCUGGAUCAUUUCUUGAUGUCCUAAGGAAUGGAUUCCUCGAGUCCCAAAAUACCACCACCAAUAAUAGUACUACCAAUUCUUUUCACAAUUUGUAUUAUGGGUUUGGGAGUGGCAACAUCAUUGGGGAUCAGAUUGAUCAAAAUGGUGAAAAUUGUGGGGGCACUGUUGGAAUUAGUGGUGGGGAUCAGACCAUGAUCAAUGGCCUUCCUUAUGAUCAUGAUCAGGAAAUGAUCAGCAAUGCAACAACUACAGCAGUGGCAGUUACAACAAUCAAGCAAGAGCUUUGCAAUGGAAUUAGUAAUAAAGAUCAUCACCAAAUUAGUAAUGAGAAUAGGGUCUUGUGGGGUUGCCCUUGGCAGAUUAAUGGAUCAGAUCAUGGAAGUGGUAUGGGUGAUUUUGAUGCAGCUGCAGGCAGAGAAUCCUGGAAUGGAAUUGCUUCCUCUUGGCAUGGCCUUCUCAAUACUACUCCUCUAAUGUAGUCUCAGCAUUCCAAGUCAUGAUCUUCCUUUUUUAAUUAGUGUCUCCAAGAAAGAAAAAAGAAAGAAGGGACUAAAAUUUUCAAUCUCAA